UCCAAUAUCAAUCCCCACCCCGGUUUAAAGCUAUUGUCAUCACUCGACUAAAACCAACCAGCCGUCCAGGGCUUUCCCCUACUUGUGUCAGAAGUAGAGCUGCAGAAGGCAGUACUUAGAUUAGAUUUUGUAGCCAGAGUUCUCAUCUGAAAUACAUUAAAGAUCUGGAGAAGAUCCGGCACUGGAAUUAUUUUAACUGGUGCCAUUGGACAAAGAACGGUCCCGUUAAGGUACAUCCUCGUUUAUGAACAUCAUCUCGACUGGAGAAGACUGUGAACGGAGAUACUAGUGUUAAGAGCUGAAGUUUGGAUGCAAAGAUUUCACUGGGUGAAUCAUCGUUUACUUAAAAAAGCACGCCAGCAAAGUUUCAUUAAAGUGACUGUAAACUACCGUUUGGUUUAUACACGACUUCAAUCCCUGGCGGCAGAAACAUUCGGGUACAUUAUAUAAACACAGCACGACUGAGAACAGUCUUCACAGACGUCCCAUAGGAGACGUAAACACUGCAAAGCACCGCUAUAAAUUAUCUGCCCAGGAAAUUCUGAAUUAGUCGUCCAAGUCGCACAAUGUCACGCUGGGGCCGUAAGAACGUCAAGAAGGCCCCCGAGGUGAUCAAGACGGUGACCGAGGGCCUCAAGUCGCUCUAUCGAAAGAAACUUCUGCCCCUGGAGCAGUACUACUGCUUCCAGGACUUCCACUCGCCGAGUCUGGAAGACGCCGACUUUGACAACAAACCCAUGGUGCUAGUGGUCGGCCAGUACUCCACAGGAAAGACCACCUUCAUCAAAUAUUUGCUGGAACAGGAUGUCCCGGGGAGUCGCAUAGGGCCGGAGCCCACCACCGACUGCUUCACCGCAAUCAUGCAUGGAGAUGUAGAGGGGCUCAUUCCUGGAAAUGCCCUCAUUGUGGAUUCCAACAAACCCUUUCGCCAGCUCAACCCCUUUGGAAACACCUUCCUAAACAGAUUCCAAUGUGCUCAGCUGCCCAAUCAGGUUCUGGAGAGCAUCAGCAUCAUCGACACUCCAGGUAUCCUUUCUGGAGCCAAACAGAGAGUAAGCCGAGGUUAUGACUUCCCAGCCGUUCUCCGCUGGUUUGCUGAGCGUGUGGACCGAAUCAUCCUCCUGUUUGAUGCCCACAAACUGGAGAUCUCCGACGAAUUCUCUGAGGCCAUCGGGGCUCUAAAAGGCAACGAAGACAAACUCCGCGUCGUGUUGAACAAAGCCGACAUGGUUGAAACUCAGCAGCUCAUGCGAGUGUAUGGCGCAUUAAUGUGGUCUCUUGGCAAAGUGUUUGGCACUCCUGAGGUUCUGAGAGUGUACAUUGGGUCAUUCUGGUCUGAGCCGCUGAUGGUGACCGAUAACCGCAAACUGUUUGAGCUGGAGGAGGAAGAUCUUUUCACAGACAUUCAAAAUCUGCCCCGCAACGCAGCCCUGCGCAAACUUAAUGACCUGGUUAAGAGAGCUCGAAUUGUGCGGGUACAUGCCCACAUCAUUAGUUACUUGAAGCAGGAGAUGCCAUCUGUCUUCAGGAAGGACAAUAAAAAGAAAAACCUCAUCUACCAGCUUCCUGUCAUCUUCUCCAAGAUCCAGCUACAGCAUCAUAUCUCUCCAGGAGACUUCCCAGAUUGUGCCAAGAUGCAGGAGCAACUUAUGGGACAUGACUUCACCAAGUUCAAAUCUCUGAAGCCCAACCUGAUGGCUAUGUUGGAUGAGCUUCUGUCCAAUGACAUUGCCAAACUGAUGCCCCUUCUUAGGCAGGAAGAAAUAGAGGCUGGGGUCCAAAUCGGUGUACAAGGCGGGGCCUUCAUGGGAACCCGUGCUGGACCAUUCAUGGAAGGGGACCCCUUCGCGGAGAAAGCCGACAAAAACGGUGAGACGGGUGAGGAAGAUGAGGAAUGGAUUGUGACGAAGGACAAGCCAAAAUAUGACGAGAUCUUUUACAACCUGGCGCCCAACGAGGGGAAACUUAGCGGCACCAAAGCCAAAGAUUGGAUGGUGAGCACACGGCUCCCCAACUCUGUUCUGGGCCGCAUCUGGAAGCUCUCAGAUGUGGAUCAUGAUGGCAUGCUGGAUGAUGAAGAGUUUGCUUUGGCCAGCCAUCUGAUCGAAGUGAAACUGGAUGGUCACGGGCUUCCUCCCGAGCUGCCUGCCCGUCUAAUACCCCCAUCCAAACGUCGGCAGAAGGGCUCGGAUGCUUAGACAAUGUAUAGGGCUUUCACUGAUUCCUCUGUCCGCACUUUCUCGCACCAUUUCCAGCACCAUGCGGCGCAUCUCUCUUCACUGUAUUUUGAUGCCAUUUUGUAACACAUAAUUAAUGUCUUAUGUUGUAUUCUUGCUCUUAUGAAAAAUGCCAAAGAUUCACAGCUGGAAGCCAAAGAACAUUGAGAUAAAGCGAUGAGUGGUCUCGGUCAUUUAAAAGGAAUGUAGCAACUGUCGGCCAUAGAAUCAGAGGUCCAUGUGACAUCUGAUCCAGAAAUGCUACACAUGUGACUUCACACGUCAACCUUUUAUGAACUUCUGUAGAUACUGCUCUUUCAUUUGCCUCAUUGAGUGUAGAAACCUUUAUUCAUUGCUUCAGGCACUUUCUUUCCAGCUUUCAUGUUGUAGUCAACUAAAUAUCAGAAUGUGAAGUCAAAACAAGCACUCGGCUCAGAAAAUCUGCUGAUCUACGACUUUGUGAUUUGUAAAUGAGUUUCCUAGCAUGUUGCUCUAGUUCUGGCUUUGAAAAUGGAAAAGCAAAUAUACUCUGUGAUGUUUUUUUUUGGAAUGAAUAUGAAUGACUGUCAUAAGAUUAUAUAAAUGAAAUCGUGUCAUAUAAAGAAAACAAAAUGUGGAAAAUUAUUUCUGACUACUGUAAUCUGUUUCACUGAGUGCUUCAAUUAUAACAAUAUAUUGAACUCAAUAAAGACCUUUUCACUUG